ACCAUCCCUACUUGACACCUGGCAGUCAGCCACACCAUAGUGAAUUGCAACUUCCUCUUGGUGUCUCCCAGGUCCCACUGCUGCCCCCGUCAAACUGCGCCUGUCUAGGAUAGAGGCCACCAAGGUCACCGUUCACUGGGACCCUGUGGCUCGCAGCAGCAUCAUGGGUGAACUGAAGGAGUACAAGUUGUACUUCUGGCGAGACAGUAGCCAGCUGAAGUGGCUGAGUGUGAGCAGGGCCAUGAAGUCUAAAGCCUUUCCAGCCAGCGGGCCGCGUCUCUCUUGUGUCCUGCCGGGACUCGUCCCUUACAGCAACUACAAAAUGUACAUAGUGGUGGCCAACAACCGAUACGAGGGACACCCCAGUAUCACCAUAGAGUUCUCCACUCCAGAGGGAACAUCCUCUGCUCCAAGAUUCUUCAGAAUCCAGCAGAGACAUUUGAACACUAUCUGGGUGGACUGGGACACUCCUGCAGAGCCCAAUGGCAUCAUCACCGGAUACAUACUGAAAUAUCAGACAGUGAACACAACCCGGGAGGAGGAAAUGCGUGUUGGGGAAUUUCCCGCAAACACCACCAGUUUUGCAGUGCGCCGAUAUGAUCGCUACUCCCGCUAUAGAUUCACCAUAGCAGCACAGACUAGAAUUGGGGUAGGAGAGUGGUGCACAGAGGAAUCACCCCAUUAUACAACGGAAGCUAAUGCACGGGAGCAGGUGGACCUCUCCACUCAGGGCUGGGUCAUUGGUGUGAUGUGUGCUGCGGCCCUCUUCGUGCUCAUCCUGCUGGUCGUCUGCUUUAUCAAGAGGAGCCAAGGGGGGAAAUACCCAGUACGGGACAAGAAAGAAGUGACAUUGGAGCCAGUGGAUGAUAACGAUCAGGAGGGAUCAUUUGACUAUCGGUAGGCAAUAUAAAAGAACUGGCUGAAAAUCAACUGAGAACCUUGAGUUGAGAUAAGUAUCAAUAUUUGUGUAGGUCAAAGUCAAUCACGUACAUCAUGUAUAAUCAUUUUGUGAGGUAGUGCUGAUCGUGUCAGUUUCCCUUCAAGCCAACUAUGGUAUCUGAAAUCUUCCACAUGAACAGCAAUCUACAGUCAUAUGAAAAUAUAUUCGGGUCUUUCUAUAAAUAAAUGGGCCAAAGUGUGACAUCAGGGUCAACAUUUCAAAAUAGUCAUACAUUUGUACAUGAUUUUCUUGCACCUUCACAUGUAUAAUUACAGGAAUAAGAGUCUAGAUGGGCAAAAUGAGAUCAUAACUCCUAGCAACAAUAAAACAUAUACAUGUCAUUCAAAAUGUCACAUGAAACAUGGACACUGCAUGUUUCUUUGUCAUGCCUAGUAGCCAGGUCUGUUUGUGCUUUAGUCAACUUCUCUAUCAUUUAAAGCCAUGCUAAACAUUCCAGAAAAUUUAAAAGAUUAACAGCAUUUCUAUAUAUUUUUUAACAAUAAUGUAAUAUGUGUUUUGUCAGCUAAAUCAU